AUGGCAAAAAAAAGCAGAUUCAUCUCGCCGGUCAAACAAACUGGUCUGGCGACAGACAAGAACGCCGAAUUGCCCGCUUCUUCCGAUCCCGAAGAACAACAACCAACAAUGGGCAACGAACAGUCCAGAGCGCUUAACGAGGCGCAAGACCGCACGACUACCCGCCCGAGCACUGGACAGCUUAAAAAGCCUACCAAGAAGAUCGCUCUGGCACAGAAGAAUCCAGCGUAUCGUAAUCCUCUUCUCACGGCAGGCGGAACGAGGCAGAGGACGCUGGGAGGAGGGAAGAAGUCGGUGUACGAAUUUCCUGAUGCGGAGGAGGAGGUGCGGCUGGUGCCCAAGACCAGAGGCGGGCUGUAUCCGCUGACGGGCUUUUCGCCGUUGAAGGGUGUGAGGAGUCGGGCGGAGGGGGCUAAGGCAGUGGGAAAGGCGGGGCCUGUGACGAGGAGUAGUCCCAGGAAGUCGAAGCGGACGGAAAGGGUGGACGAAUCGGAGGAGGGCGAGGGAGAGGGAGAGGAAAGUGAGACAGCUGAGGAGCAGGAGGAUCGGGAGCAAGAGGGCGAGGUAGAAGAGACGGUGCAUGCAGAGGAUGGUUCGAACGUUGAGGGUCAGGGUAAAAACGAUGAAGAAGGUGAAAAUGAGGAGGAUGAAUACGUUCAGGUUGCAAGUCCCAAGGCAGGCGCUGCUCACGAAAAGGGAACAAGCUCUGCGAAACGUACAUCUACUCGCGGGAAGCGUGCGAAGACACCGGAAGCUCCAGCCGUAGCUCCACCAGCGGCAAAGAAGAAGCGCGGUCGGCCUUCGAAGAAUAAACAUACUGAGGAAGUCGAGCCUUCGGACACCGUAGCAAGCAAGAAGCGCGGCAGAGCGAACGAAGACAGAACAGCAGUAGCUGAGCACACUCCAAAGCGCACCAGACGGCAGACACGCGCCGAAGACGAUGCAGAACGGGACGAACAGGUAGACCGGGAAGGCGACGACGGUGAAGAGCAAUCUCUUUUCCAGAGCAUGCGCAAGCGUAGACAGGAGCCAUGGAACCGCACUCGCGAGGCUGAAGACGAUGCGGUGGAAGAGGAGCAAGCAGUUGAUGCUCCUAGGCAGGGCCGACAAAUGACAGGCCAGCAACAAGCUGCGAAAGGCGCUGUUGAGGCAGUUGCGCAGGAGUAUGAUAACGAAGACGAAUCAAACACAGAAGAGAGACAGCCGUCGCCAUCGAAGACUAACAAGCGUCCACACUCAUCGACAAACGCAAAAGCGAACACUAGCUCGAAGCGCAGAAGGCCUGACACCGCACCAGAGGAACCUGAACCGUCCGCAGAAGGCCAUGCCACUCAGAGUAGGUCUGGUCUCACAGAAGCUGACAAGCAUCGCAUCUUUGGGCGAUGGCCGGAACUCAAAAGGGCGUUCAACGCUGCAGAUCACAUUGGUAGGCCUGUGGAAGGUCGUGGCGUUACGCGAGUCCGAUAUGACAAGGUCCCGCUUGAGUUGGAGGAUAAGCAAGUCAGGGCUGCUGUGAAGCUGUGCAAGAAACUGACUACUUCGUACAACACCUCUAGAGACAACACUGGCGAGUCUAGCACGCCAGCAGUCGAUCCAGCAAGUGUGCUGUCGGAACUGAGACAACGGAUCGACGGUCUUUGUGGCAAGAACGAAGAGUACGACUACGACGGUAGGAACGUCGACAGGUGCACCAGCAUGUACUAUCAUCUGGUCCCGAAACUGCUAGGCCUCGUCGAAAGUGCCGUUACCUGCUAUGAAAAGCUGGACGAACGCGAGUUCCCUGCCAACGAGCUCACUAUACCUCAUCUUCACGUCGUCAACAGAAUCAUCAACCUCCUUCUCGACCUUGUUAUGGGCGCAGCUGAAUACCAUCCACGACCCGAAACAAGCUACCACGUGGUCCAGCCCGUGCGCGAAAUCGCACCCAUCUUGCGAGACGUCCACCGUUCCUUCCAUGAUCGAAUUCAACACCAUCAACAUCGACUCGCCACUCAACGUCAAGCCCAGAUCGACGCCCAGCAACGAGCAGCCGACCUCGAGCAAGAACAACGCCGAGCAGUCCAGCAACAGGAAUUCGACCGCAUGCAAGCCAAAUGGAUCCGCCUACAUGAAGUCCGCUACUGGGCUGAAGGCGGCUUUCCACCCCAUCAGAAGGUCGUUCAUCUCGAGCGCCCGGUGUACGAUGUCGAUCCCGAUGGCCAGCGGUUCUAUAGUGCGCUGUUGGACGGGCUGAGGGAGUAUGCUGGGGAAUUUGUGUUUGAGCGAUUGUUCGCUGAGUGCUGUCGGAAGGGGCGGGAGUUGAACAGAUUCAAUGUAACGGAGAUUGUCACGCAGGCGGCGGUGAUGAGGGAGUGGUUGAUCAAGUGUGAUCAGAAGAGAGGGAGGGAGACGGAGGCGUGGGUAUUGGGAAUUCCUGUAUGGACGAGUGGGCAUCCUUCGCUUGCGGGUAAGGAAAAUGAGGAAGAUGCUGGGGAGGCGGAGGCUGUUGAGGGAGAAGCCUCGACCAGGAGAAGUGGUCGGCAGGGCGAGAUGAUCACGCUGGAUGACUGA